CGCGCACGAGGAGCGGAGCAGGCAGAGUGUGAGGAGGCGUCGCGCGAUUCCGUUCCGCCUCUCGCCGCUCGCCCUCGUCCCCAUCUUCCUCCUCGUCGCGCCGCUUCCUUCCCUCCUUUCCCGCCGAGGCGGCGGAGACAGGACUACAGGAGCUGCAGAACCAAGACCAAGAGCCGGCGGCGGGGGCAGGGAGAGAAGGGCGGAGGAAGAUGGCCGCGUGGUGCUCCGCGGGUCCCGUGGCGGUGGCCGCCGUGCUGCUCGUGGGCAUCGCAAUGCCGACCUCCUUCGCCGCCGCGGCGCACGCGCAGCCGCCGGCCCCGCCGCCCACCAGCGACGGCACAUCGAUUGACCAGGGGAUCGCCUAUGUGCUGAUGCUGAUUGCGCUUGUGCUCACCUACCUCAUUCAUCCACUCGAUGCCACCUCUCCGUACAAGCUCUUCUGAAUCCUAAUCGUCGAUGCAUCAGCAGACCUAUCUAUGCGAGGAUACACAUGAAUUUAGGCGAGGUUGAGGUGUUGUAAUUUUGUAUGCACGGCAGAUGGCUACGAACAAGAGCGCUGCUGCUGGUGGUUCUCACCGGCCGAGCACGAUUCUGUCGUUCUGAAGAUAGAUGCCCACUCCUAUUGUUCUUGCUAUGCCAGAUUCUAUAGAUGUUUCACUGGCUCGUGUUGAAUGCCUGUUUGCAUAUUGCAUCAGCUACCAGUCAUGUGGUUGCUUGUCCAAUCACGUGUUUUUAUCAGCAUCCGGAUUCGACCUAAA